AUGGAGUCCUCCGCCUCCGGGAGUGAGGAGAAUGAAGGAGGAGCGGCGACAGAUGAGUGCGUGGAAAAGAUCCCGGUACCCAGACCACCCUCCAUUGAGGAGUUCACCAUAGUGAAGCCUAUUAGCCGUGGUGCAUUCGGGAAAGUGUACCUGGGACAAAAAGGCGGCAAGUUGUACGCAGUGAAGGUUGUCAGAAAAGCGGACAUGAUCAAUAAAAACAUGACUCAUCAGGUACAAGCUGAGAGAGAUGCGCUGGCACUAAGCAAAAGCCCUUUCGUUGUGCACCUGUAUUACUCACUGCAAUCAGCCAGCAAUGUCUACUUGGUAAUGGAAUAUCUUAUUGGUGGAGAUGUCAAGUCUCUUCUACAUAUAUAUGGUUAUUUUGAUGAAGAGAUGGCUAUAAAAUAUAUUUCUGAAGUAGCACUGGCCUUAGACUACCUGCAUAGACAUGGAGUCAUCCAUAGGGAUUUGAAACCAGACAAUAUGCUUAUUUCCAAUGAGGGUCAUAUUAAGCUGACAGAUUUUGGCCUUUCCAAAAUUAUUCUGAAUAGAGACAUCAAUAUGAUGGAUAUUCUCACAACACCCUCAAUGGCUAAACCUAAGCAAGAUUAUUCAAGAACCCCAGGACAAGUCUUAUCUCUCAUCAGUUCUUUGGGAUUUUACACACCAGUUGGAGAAAAAGAUCCUGACUCUACAAACAUGUUUCCGGUCCCUAAGUCUGAAGCACAACUUUCUCGAGGAUUAACCUGCCCUAUGUCCAUAGAUCAGAAGGAGCCUAGCAAACUACUAAACUCACGUCUUGAGAACCUUGCUUCCAAUCCGGAAAUGCCUGCUAAGUGUCUGACUUCUAAUCUACUGCAGUGUAGGAAAAGACUGGGCACAUCCAGUACUGGUAGUCAGCCUCAUACCUUCAUAUCCAGUGUGGAGUCAGAGUGCCACAGCAGUCCCAUAUUGGAAAAAGACUGCCAGGAAAGUACCAAGUCAUCAGGCUGUACAAUGAUGAGCUGGAAUGCAGUUGAAAUGCUACAUGCAAAAUCUACAAAUGCCAUCGAGACAAAAAUGGAGCUUGAGUUAGUGCCUUCUCCCAUUCCUGCCACUGGAAGCAACCACAUGAAUCUCCCUAGGAAAUGCUUCUCUGGGGAAACCUCUUGGGAAGCAAGAGAACUGGAUAUAAAUAAUGAGAACAUGGCCAUUGACACGAGACAGUCUGGUUUCCAUCAGUCCAAUCAAUCGGCUGUAAAACCUAGUGGUAUGUCUGAAGAACAACUUGGUAAAAGACAUUUUAAAAGAAAUUUCCAAUUGGUUGACUCCAGUCCUUGUCAGGAAAUUAUACACAGUAAAAAGAACUGUAUAGAGUAUAAUGAGCACAGUAAGGAAAGGAUAGGUUGCUAUGCAAAUCAAAAUACAGGCAUGACAACCGAAGUCCAGAACCUUAAGCUAUCACUUUGCAGAAGUCAGCAAAAGGACUAUGCUAAUAAGGAGAACAUUGUCACCUAUUUAACUGAUAAACAAACCCCAGAAGAACUGCAUAUACCAAUGAUAGCAAAAAACCUUAUGUCUGAACUAGAUGAAGAUUGUGAGAUGACUAGUAAAAAGGACUGCCUAAAUUCUAAUUUUGUAUAUUCUGAUGAUAGAGCUUCUAAAACUGUCUGUGUGGAUUCAGAUUCAUCUUUUCCUGGAGUUUCUAUGAUGGAAAGUUCACUGGAAAUUCAGAACUUAGAACCAGAUAAAAGCGUCAAAGAAGACUCAUUUGAAGAAUCAAAUAAUGAAGAUGUACUUGUGUUACCAAAGUGCCAAGAAAAUUCCUUGCCAAAAGAUGAUUGGCAUUCUUCUAUCCAAGACAGUAGCCAAAUGUUAGCUCCUUCAAAGGUGUUGAAAACAUUAGCCUCUAAAACAAAUGUUGUAGCUUUUCGAAGUUUUAACAGUCAUAUUAAUGCAUCCAUUAACUCAGAACCAUCCAAGAUGAGCAUAACUUCUUUAGAUGCUAUGGACAUUUCCUGUGAUUACAAUGGCUCAUAUCCCAUGGCUGUGACCCCUACUCAGAAAGGAAGGUCCUUUAUGUCAGUGCAGACACCAAAUCAGGUCAAGUUGGGAACAUCAUACAGAACUCCAAAAAGUGUGAGAAGAGGGGCAGGACCAGUGGAUGAUGGACGAAUUCUAGGAACUCCAGAUUACCUGGCACCUGAGCUCUUACUGGGUACAGCCCAUGGUAAGGUAUAUAGUCCUGCAGUAGACUGGUGGGCACUUGGAGUUUGCUUGUUUGAAUUUCUAACAGGAAUUCCCCCAUUCAAUGAUGAAACUCCACAACAAGUAUUCCAGAAUAUUUUAAAAAGAGAUAUCCCUUGGCCAGAAAGUGAAGAAAAGUUAUCUGAUAAUGCUCAAAGUGCAAUAGACAUACUUUUAACCAUUGAUGAUACAAAAAGAGCUGGAAUGAAAGAACUGAAGCAUCAUCCUCUCUUCAGUGAAGUGGACUGGGAAAAUCUGCAGCAUCAGACUAUGCCUUUCGUACCCCAACCAGACGAUGAAACAGAUACAUCCUAUUUUGAAGCCAGGAAUAAUGCUCAGCACCUGACUAUAUCUGGGUUUAGUCUGUAGCACAUGUUGCUUUUGUUCCUUAAUACUAGACUGGUCUAAAUGUCAUUAUUUUACCUAGGGUAAUGAGCUUUUAAUUACUGAAUACAACAGCUUUCACAGAGUUAAAAUACUGUGAGAAAUAUAAUCAGUAAUCUUUACCUUAGAACUGUAUGUAAAUCAUCUUACCUUAUUUAUUUACUGCACUUUAUGAAGACCAACGUAUUAAUAAACUAAAACGACACUACCACUCUAAAUAGAGGCCAUGAGCC